CGAGUGUGUCAAAGCAGGGUGGAUGCUGCUGCUGUAGUGUGUUGGAGAACGAGGAUUAUCACGCUACAAAACCCGUUUUGAAGACUUUUCACCUUCUCGUAAAUCCUCUGAGGGCAGAUGGGGCCUGGCAUCACACGUGGACGAGACCUGCGUCACAGCUGUGCCGUGAAUCUGCUCUUCCUGGCUGCUUGCCUGCUGCUGUCUCUCUCUUUUGUCCUAACUGUGAAAACCACUGGGAGGAAACAACACAACUUUACAAUUCACUCAUCCCAGCUUGCGUGCAGUUUACCGGGACCUCCAGGAACCCCGGGCAGCCCGGGGCCUGCAGGGCCCAGCGGCAAAGCAGGACAGAUGGGUUCUCCAGGCCCCGAUGGACAGGACGGCACAGAUGGGGACAAGGGUGAUAAAGGAGAGCAAGGAGAACCAGGUCGCACAGGGAACCCUGAACCAGGACUGAAAGGUCGCCAAGGGGUUAUAGGGAGGGCAGGGCCCAGAGGUUUGAAGGGGGCACAGGGGGCACCUGGUAUACGUGGGUCUGUAGGGCUGAAGGGUGAAACGGGAGAUCAGGGUGAAGCUGGUGUCCCCGGUGGAUGCGAGUGCGGCACGCAAGCACGCUCAGCCUUUUCAGUCACAAUCAGCAAGAGCUAUCCCAAGGAGCGCACACCCAUCCGCUUCGACCGUAUCCUGAUGAACGAAGGUGGCCAUUACAACACCAGCAGCGGCAAGUUCACCUGCGCCGUCCCAGGCGUCUACUACUUCAGCUACGACAUCACGCUGGCUAACAAGCACCUGGCGAUCGGCCUCGUCCACAACGGCCAGUACAAGAUCAAGACUUUCGAUGCCAACACGGGGAACCACGAUGUAGCAUCAGGCUCCACUGUUCUCCGGCUCCAGAAAGAAGACCAGGUGUGGCUUCAGAUCUUCUACUCUGAGCAGAACGGUCUGUUCUUUGAUCCAUUCUGGACUGACAGCAUGUUCACGGGAUUUCUCAUCUAUGCAGACCAGAUUCCUCAGAGGAAUAUUUCUGCUGCUGGCUCUGAUUCUUCCUGAUGAAAACUUUACUGGCCAGCAGAAAUCCGUUUCCAAUCGGUCCACUCGAAAUUCACCAUAAUUCUUAUUGUUCUUUAUAACAUUGUAGGUCAAAUGUUUUUAGAAAGUAAGUAUUCUUCGUUUUCAGGGAUGUAAAAUGUUUGUUCUUUUUGACAAAAAAAAGAGUUUUAUUCUUAUUAUAUUAUUCUGUUAUUA